AAGCAAACCAAAAGCUUAUUUGUUUUGUUUGCAAACCACACAAAAAGAAAAAACACAUCUUUGGUGCAACAACAAUGGCUUCGUCUUCCAAAGCACUGGUCGAAUUCAUAGGCUCUCUUGACAAAGACUCAUACGUUUCUCUCUUAUCAAAACUCAUCGGCGAAUCUAAAUUCGUCCAAAACAAUCCGCCGGAGCUCAUCCCUCAAGAGGACCUAAUCGUCAAACACGUCCUUGAGUCUCUCCGUCCUUAUAGCACAGAGACUGGUGGUGGUCCUCUGGUGAUCAAUCAUGUGGCGUAUCAUUCAGGUAGAGGUAAUCUCAUCGUUGAGUACCCAGGAUCUGUUCCCGGAAAGAUCUUGUCUUUCGUCGGAAUGCAUAUGGACGUCGUCACUGCGAAUCCUGAUGAUUGGGAAUUUGAUCCUUUCUCGCUAAGCAUAGAUGGUGAUAAGCUUCGUGGUCGUGGGACAACAGAUUGUCUUGGUCACGUUGCUCUUGUCACUGAACUCAUGAAGACACUUGGGCAAACUAAACCGGCAUUGAAAUCAACGGUGGUGGCGGUUUUCAUUGCCAGUGAAGAGAACUCUUCCAUUCCUGGUGUUGGUGUGGACAUGCUGGUUAAAGAUAAACUUCUUGAUAAGCUCAAAUCCGGACCAUUGUAUUGGAUUGAUACGGCGGAUAAGCAGCCGUGUGUUGGAACUGGCGGUAUGAUACCGUGGAAGCUUCAUUUUACCGGAAAGCUUUUCCAUAGCGGUUUAGCUCACAAGGCGAUUAACGCGAUGGAGUUAGCAAUGGAAGGGCUUAAGGAAAUCCAAGCCCGGUUCUACAGAGACUUUCCGCCUCACCCACAAGAGAAAGUUUAUGGUUUUGCAACACCAUCCACCAUGAAGCCUACACAGUGGUCUUAUCCAGCUGGCGGAAUCAACCAAAUCCCUGGAGAAUGUACCGUUUGCGGUGAUGUCAGGUUAACUCCUUUCUACGAUGUGAAGGAAGUGAUAACGAAGUUGCAAGAGUAUGUUGACGACAUAAACAGUAACAUAGAGAAGCUCGAAACCCGUGGUCCUGUUUCGAAAUAUGUCUUGCCAGAUGAGAAUUUACGGGGAAGGCUCACGAUAAGCUUUGAUGAAGCAUCAGCUGGAGUUGCGUGUAAUCUUGAUUCCCCCGGCUUUCACGUUCUAUGCAAAGCAACCGAAGAGGUUGUUGGACACGUGAAGCCUUACUCGAUCACCGGUACUUUGCCUCUAAUCCGAGACCUCAAGGAUGAAGGUUUCGAUGUGCAAACUUCAGGAUACGGUCUCAUGGCUACAUAUCAUGCAAAGAACGAAUACUGCCUUCUCACAGACAUGUGCCAAGGCUUUGAUGUCUUCGUUAGGAUCAUCUCUCAACUUGAAGAACAAGACUAAAAUGAGAUAGAAGAUCAUAAAAUAAAAGCUUCACAUAGCUACUCUCUCAUUAACUUAAUGGUUCUUCUAUACAUUUACUUUGCUUCUAUCUAUUUGUACAAGUCAAUGGUGGCUCAAUACAUAAGACACUUUACA